AUGGCCGACAAAACCCUCGUCCUCAUCACUGGCGCGAAUCAAGGACUAGGCUACUACGCCGUUCAACAACUAUCCGCAACAAACAAAUAUCACAUUCUCCUCGGAUCAAGAGAUGUGAAGAAAGCCGAAGCCGCAAUUUCCACCCUCAAAGACGAUGCCUCCGCCGGUGCACGACCCGAAAAUGUCUCUCCGAUUCAGAUCGACGUAUCAGACGACUCUUCCAUCGCAGCGGCAGCAGACAAGGUCAAGUCUGACUAUGGCUACCUUGACGUUAUCAUGCUCAAUGCCGGUGUGGCCACGGCGGAGGGGUCCUUGAGAGAGCAGUAUCAAAAGAUGUAUGACACGAACCUGUUCGGCGCGGCGGUGACGCUGGACACGUUCCUUCCACUUCUCAAGAAGUCAAAGGCGCCGGAUGGGAAGCGGAUUGCGACUUGUACUUGUGUACGCAUGUUUUUGACAAUUCUUAGGGACCGAGAAGACAACUACUCGGCGGAAAUGUACCCAAUCUACCGAAGCACGAAGACGGCCAUGUCGAUGAUCAUGUUGCACUAUGCGAAGCUUCUGGAGAAGGAAGGUUUCGUUGUGGGAGCGAGCGAUCCUGGAUACUGUGCUACGAACCUCAACAACAAUUCCGGUUUCAAGGACCCGAGAGAAGGCGCGAAAGAACUCAUCAAGGUCGCCACCGCGCCAAAGAAGGAUGUGCAUGCGAAGGUUGUUGGAGACGAGGGAGCGGAGCCGUGGUGA